CACACGUACGCGCUCACGCUCGCGUACGACGGGGAAAACUACCUCGGAUUCCAGUACCAACCCAGAGACGCGAAGACGGUGCAGGGCGAGGUCGAGAAGGCGCUGACGAAAAUCACGGGCGAGGACAGGGACUUCUUGGGGAUCCAAGCAAGCGGGAGGACGGACGCGGGCGUGCACGCGCGCGGGCAGGUCCUGCACUUCUACGCGCGCAGACCGAUCGAGGACCUGGCGCGGUUUCAAAGAUCGAUGAACGGCGUGCUGCCGCGCGACGUCAGGGUCAUGAAAGCGAUCAGGCCGCACCCGGCGUUCCACGCGCGGUUCCACGCGGUUCGAAAGACGUAUCACUACUACCUCGACACGCGGCUCACGAUGGAUCCGUUCCUUCGACGGCACGCGCUGCACGUCGGGUGGAACCCGCCGGAUGUGGAAAAGUUACGACGAGGCGCCGAGUGUUUCGUCGGGACGCGCGACUUCUCCGCGUUCUCGAAUAAACCCCGGGACAAGACGCUCGUGCGCGACCCGGUCCGGACGAUAUACCGCUUCGACGUGAACGAGCUCAAGGGCGACGGUCUGUUGCGGCUCGAGGUCGAGGGGAACGGCUUCAUGUACAAGCAAGUCAGGAACAUGGUCGGCGCAAUGAUCACCGCGGCGACGAGUAAAAAAAUGCAACCGGCGGACAUCGCCGCCAUGCUCGAGGGGAAGGACCGCGGCGUCGCGCCGAUGGGCGCGCCCGCGCACGGGCUCUUCCUGCACGACGUCGUGUAUCCUCGAGAGCUGUUAGAG